AGCUUCGUGCGUGCGAGAGUGCGUGCUUGGGGUCCCAGAGAGCGGUUUCGGCUGGGGCUGGGGGUGGGGGCGAUGCUCGAGAGUUUGGUGCCUUGCACUUGUGUUUAUCCUCCCUCUGGCGACUGUCUGAGCCUGCGUCGCUGUCCGUGUCCAGUGCAUAGCACAGUGGGCAGUUGUUUACCUGGCGGUGUCAGCCCGGGUGUGCUGGGGCUGGGGAGCCAGUCUAGUGGUGCUGCUGUUUGCCGUCUGCCUCUCUGUGCGCACGGGCUUCAGAAGCUGCCAGGCGGCCCUUGGGGAGUGUAUUUGUAGGUCUGCGUGCUGGGGUGUUUGGGGUGCCAGGGAGCUCUGUGUAUUGCAACAGUGUGUCCGUGGGAGCGCUGUUGGGGGUGCAUUUGGGGUGCUGUUGUGUGUGUGUCAGUGGGUGUUUGUGCGCAGAUGGCAAAGUGAUGAAAAGCCGAGAUGUGCCUGCCAAGGCCGCUGCGGAGGGCUUUGGCAUCGGCAGUGGCCAGUGGGUGGGGGAGGCAGGUGGCAGACAGCAGCUGGCGGCCUCUCAGGGAUCUUCAUCUCCGCUAGGGGCUCUGGAUGGGGCUGUGGGGGAGCGGUGCUGCAGCCUUGAGGCUGGGCACGGAGGGACGGGGAAGGCCCGGCUUCUCCUUAUUCUCUUCCCCGCUCCAGGCCCAGGGCCACGGCCUGUGCCCAGCCCCGCUGGGAGCCCCGGCCAGCACCACGGACGGCGCCCAGGAAGCCCGUGUCCCCCUGGACGGGGCCUUCUGGAUCCCGAGGCCCCCAGCAGGUUCACCCAAGGGCUGCUUUGCCUGUGUGUCCAAACCCCCUGCCUUGCAGGCUGCAGCGGCCUCUGCCCCUGAGGCCUCGGCCUCACCCCCCAUGGCUCCCACUCUGUUCCCCAUGGAGUCCAAGAGCAGCAAGACCGACAGCGUGCGGGCAGCCGGUGCCCCCCAGGCCUGCAAGCACUUAGCCGAGAAGAAGACCAUGACAAACCCCACAACAGUCAUCGAGGUCUACCCGGACACUACUGAGGUGAACGACUACUACCUGUGGUCCAUCUUCAACUUCGUCUACCUCAACUUCUGCUGCCUGGGCUUUAUCGCAUUGGCCUACUCCCUCAAAGUUCGGGACAAGAAGCUCCUCAAUGACCUGAAUGGGGCGGUGGAGGAUGCCAAAACUGCUCGGCUGUUCAACAUCACCAGCUCUGCGCUGGCAGCCUCCUGCAUCAUCCUGGUCUUCAUCUUCCUGCGGUACCCACUCACUGACUACUGACCCCAUGGGCGCCAGGGCCAUGAGGACGAAGCACUGAGACUUGCUUACUUUUGUGGUCACUGAGAUGCAGGAUGCCCUGGGGGCGGGCAGAUCAAGGCUCCUGUCUGGGCCUCAGAGCCUGUGUGUGACCCAGAGCGAAGCUGUUGAAACUGAGCGCCCAAGGAACAGAGAGUUCCAUCCAGCCCCCGUCUGCCUCCUGGCCCUCGCCCUGCCUGCCUCUGGGCCCCAGCCUCUUCCCUGCUGCUGCCCUGGCUUCCAUGUGCUCUGCCCAGGCUCCAGAGCCUGCAGACCCCACACUCAGCAAGAAGGGCUUAUGUGGGAGCUCCCAAGAUGUGGGACUGCCAGCACCUGGGGCUCACUCUCUCCUGACCCCGCCUCCUCCAAGCUGUGACCUGCUCAGAGCACUUGUAUCUGUGAACUUUCAAUAAAAUACCUACCCUGCUCCUGC